UUAAUCUCGAAUCGAGAUCAGGGCAAAAUUAAAGACUGGCCCCGGAGCUUGCAUAGGGCCGCCAGGCUUGAAUUUUAGCGAAGCGGCCCUGAUCUCGUAAUUAAAUAUUUUAGUUUUCUAGUAAGGCGUGCAUUCAAGCGGGCCGUGCAUUUAAACGGGAGAUCGAGUACUCGCCUAAAUUUAUUUGAAAUAUCUAUCAGGCAGGGUCCUGAUCCAGAUGCGGACGGAGAAAAUCGGGCUCCACGGAUACCUCAACACUAUUAAGCGUACAGAAGAUCCAUGGUGCGGCUGUGAACAGGCCUACCAAACAGUGCGCCACAUCAUUGAAGACUGUGAGUGUCUUGAAGAUACUCGUUUCAAGUACUUGGGGAAGAGCAUUGUCAGAGAUGCCAGGCUCUUCCUGAGAGACACAAAGCUCAUACCCAAACCGUCAAAUUCAUGCUUGCCACUGGUCUCCUGGAUCAGUUUGCGAGCUAUACAAAGACACUUUCACCAUUGGAAUAGGGGACGAGGCCGAUCAAGGCGACGAUUGUACACUGGGCCAACUAAGCCCUCUGGGGGCUGUUAUAUUGUAACAAAUCACAUAGAAACGGAAGGGAGGGCAAGGGGCAAGGUCACAUGGAGUGGGAGGUGCUUUGAUUUUAGAUUUUUAGAUUUUUAGAUUUCCUUUUUGCUUUGUCAGCUCUGGAGCGGAGUCGAGGACUCGUGACCACCUCUGUAGCCUAACCCUAUAUAGUGUGUCUGCAGAGCGCCUUAGGCAGCUAAAAAGACUAACCGAGAUCCC